CGCCAACGCAACCUUUGCUACACACCACCUCACUACUUUCAACAUCUCAAUUUCUCAUGCCUAACAAUGCCCAACGAAAAAGCCUACUUCCUCACCCUCGAACCUACAUUCCAACAACUCCUCGGCACCGACGCCUCCAUCGUGCUUCUCCUCGAGUACGACGCUUAUCCGUUUGCACACGAAGCUGGGGUCUUCUUCGCCGACACCCACGAGCUUUUCAUCACCAGCAAUCGGUUUACACGCCAAGAUGAACCAUACAUUCAGAUUUCCAAAGUCUCCCUAGGAGAUGGCUCAAAGAAAGUGAGCCGCGAGGAGAUUCCCUCACUCGAUAUCCCUUUGGGGAACGGUGGCAUCAAUUAUCGGGAUGGGAUCCUGUUCUGCUCCCAAGGUUCAAUGACAAAACCAAGUGGACUGUACUGGAUGUCGCGGAAAGCGCCGUACAGUAGCAAAUUGCUCAUAUCAGACUUUUAUGGACGGCAGUUCAACUCAGUGAAUGAUGUCGUCGUUCACUCGGAUGGAAGCAUUUGGUUUACAGAUCCGAUUUAUGGUUAUGAGCAAGGCUAUCGACCGAAACCUGAUUUGCCAUGUCAGGUUUAUAGAUUUGAUCCCAAGAAUAAAAGCAUUAGGGCUAUUGCGGAUGGAUUUGGGAGGCCGAAUGGUAUUAGCUUUUCGCCUGAUGAGGAGAUCGUGUAUAUCACUGAUACGGACUGGAUUCAUGGAGAUGGAACGACAGAUGGUAUGAGGCCUUCAAGCAUCUAUGCCUUUGACGUCACACAUUACUCCGGACAACCCUUCUUGACAAACAGAAGGCUAUUCGCCAUGGCUGCAGACGGCAUCCCUGACGGUAUCAAAUGCGAUAUGGAAGGAAAUGUGUACAGUGGGUGUGGGGAUGGGAUCAAUGUGUGGAGUCCUGGUGGAGUGUUACUCGGCAUCAUCAAAAUCGAGGGAGGUGCAGCGAAUUUCUGUUUUGGCAAGGAAGGCGCGCUUUACAUCUUGAACGAGCAUAAGUUGUGGAAAGCCCAACUUUCCAAGUCGGUCCGAGGGGCUUUGCUAGAAAUAUAAACAGGCUACUGUGCUUGCCGAAUAAUUAACCCGA